AUGGCUUCUGGCUCAACUGAAAGUGUUUUACAGAAAAUAUGCGACACGCUAGAAAGAGUAGAGAGACGGGUGAGAGUGAUAGAGAACAGCGUUGCCUGCCUCGAAGAACUUAGAAAAGACGUAAACAACAUGAAAAUCGAGUGUGAAAAAUUCAAAGAUGGCCUAACCGACCUUGAAACGGGGGUGGGCAGCAUAGAGGAGGAUGUCGCUGAAAUAACUGAAAGGUUAGAGACCGUAGCAACGAGAGAGACGACAGACCUCCUACUGAUCAGAGUUGAAGGUCUCGAGAACAGGUCGCGUAGAAAUAAUAUUAUCAUUCACAACGUUCCGGAAGAGGCGGAAAAAAAUUCACCCUCAGCCGUUGAUUUCGUCCAGAAGUUCCUCAGGAACGAGCUAGAAAUACAGCAACCUAUCGAAGUCGAGCGUGCACAUAGGUCUCCCAACAAGAAACACCAUGACGGAUCCGCAAGGCCGAUAUUCUUCCGACUUUUGCGGGAGAGUGAUAAGCGGAAUGUUCUAAUGGCAGGCGCUACAACACUUAAAGGGAAGGAGCUAAAGAAAACAAGAAAGAGCGAAUUUUCAUCACUGACGACGUGA